CCAAUUUAUGAGAGGCCUGUCAUUAUCUUCAUUGAUGAGUUUGAUAGAAUGCUUUCUUCUACACACACAGACAUUUGUAAUUCAUGCCUUGCAAACUUUCGUGCCAUUAAGAAUAGUGCCACUUAUGUCAUCAAGUCCAUUGUUGAAAUUGGUACCUUUAGUAUUCUAAAUCUGAAUCCAACUGAUCGGACUUUAUCACCCUUCAACAUUAGUGAUUCAUUCAGCAAUCCAAACUUCACUGAAGAUCAAACAACAAACCUUUACAAGGAGUUUAUGAAUGAUUAUGAGCUAGAAAUUGAAGAACAGGUUAUUGAGGAUAUCCAUAAACAAACAAAUGGACAUGCUGGUCUCAUAAACCUCUGUGGACGAGCAAUCCAAAAACUUAUGGAAAAGCGCUUCCAGGAUGGAGUAGAUUUGGCAAAUCAAUUGGACUAUGUAACUUGGAAUCUCUUCAAAAUCAAAACUUUGGGUGUAGAAAUUUCUAAAUACCAUACAUUUGACAGGAUGAUAAAUAUUCUCAAGAUGCCUGGUGCUGAGAAGGCUAUGAAGUUGCUUCGUAUUUACUUCUUGGGAUCACUAAAUGCUGAAGUCAUUAGAGACAAUGAAAACUGCAAAUUAGCUGAAUUCCUAGUGGCUGAAGGUGUCUUAAUGUGUGUUGGAAAUAUUGAGUCAUCACAAAAAUUUCAAAUGUCCUCUCCUUUUGUGGAUUCAUUGAUCCGACGACAUGUUAUUCCUGAAUUGUACCCAUCCAUUCCAAAGAAAUGUAUGCCCACACGAAGAAAUGGUACCAUGGACACUCUAGAUGUCUUAUUAAAUGCUAUUCCUUUUUUUGAAAAAGACAUUAUUGGUUCUGCUUCUGCUCAUUCAUUCAAAAAAGCACUUGUACCUGUAAGAGGUUAUAACAAUGUAAAUGUUCCUAGAGAAAAUGUGUAUCAAACAGAGUUGGAUAGAAUCUUG